UUGUGUCUGUUGGUUUGAGCGAGAUGGAUGAUGCAUUCAAGACCAGCGUCUCUAGCCUAGAAAAAGAACUCGAAGGCUUGAUCAUAGACAACAAAAUACAGGCACAAAUUGAUACACAGAACAAAAUCCUCUGUGUAAUGCACGUGGAUCAGAGGAAUGCAACUACCCAAAUCUCUCCACAAGAACAUAUGAUGUCGGAGAAGAUUAUGUUGAAGAGCUCGGAUGGUGAAAUCUUUGAGGUUGAUGAAGCGACUGCACUCCAAUUGACAAGAGUUGCUAAAGAAAAACACGUCAAACAAGCAGUCCCUAUUAUAAACGUCGAAGGCAAAAUCCUCUCGAAAGUGAUAGAGUAUUGCAAGAAACACGCCGAUGCUGAUUCUUCGUCGCACGGGACCUCCAAAAUUAAUCUUAAGAAGUGGGACGCUGAUAACGUUGAGACUUGGGUUAGUGCUGCCUUAACGGAUGAGACAACGUGUCUUGAUGGGUUCGAUGGGAAGGUUAUGGAUGGUGCGGUGAAAUCAGCUAUUAGAAGACGAGUGGUUCAUAUAGCUCGAGUUACUAGUAAUGCAUUGGCUCUUGUAAACCGGUUCGCGGCUCGACAUAAGGCAUAG